AUGUAAUGAUUAAGGUUAUGGGUGAGAUAUUACUUGGCAACUUACACUGUAACAUUUUUUCAUCUGGUCAUACUGUUUAAACUCGCUCGCAACCCCAACGAACUUGAACGAACGCAGAAAAUCAAUACACCGUGAUGUAUUCGUCUUUUUAAAAUGAGAACGUGACAAAAUAUUAAUAAAAUUCAUCGAAGAAACCAUUUUUAUUUUAAAAAGUAUCUGUUGAGGUUUGAUGCUCAUUUUUUAUUUAUUUACAAAGUGAUGGAUAUUGUCAUAGUUACGGCGUGGUAGACCAUUCUGCGCGUCUGAUUAACUGCUUUUUCUGCAAAUUAUAAUUGUUAAAGAUAUUUGUUGAGUAAGGUCAAGGAUUAUACAUUAUACACCAAAUAAUUAUAAGUUAAAAUGGAAGAAAUGAAUGGAGAGCUCUAUGGGGAUGGUUUAGUUAGUCUGGGAGAUGAGGGUUCACUCGAGUCAACCGAUAGUGGGAAACAGGAGCAAAAUUGUAAUAUUUGCGACAAUAAGUUAUGCAGUCCUCGCGUAUUGUCAUGCCUUCAUGUUUUCUGUGAAGCUUGCAUUGACAAGUUGAUGGUUAAUGAAGCUGGAGAUUCUUUAAAAUAUGAUCUGGCCGUGGAGUGCCCUCUAUGCAAACAGGAAACAAAGAUACCUGGUGGUGGAGCUGUAUCACUUCCAACUGAUUAUCUCAUCACCAAUAUCCUGGAUGUGUCCUCUAUGGAUCAAUCAGUUGUAUGUACUUGUUGCAAGAGUAAGGAACCUGCUGUUGCCAGGUGCACAGAUUGUUCCCAUUUCCUAUGUUCCAACUGCAACUCUGCACAUGAGUUCAUGAGAUGUUUUGAGAAUCAUCGUGUGGUACCAUUUGAUGCCCUAAGGUCCUCUAAAGAAAAAGCUGCUGUACACAAGCCAAUUUUUUGCAAUCGACAUGUUGGAGAAAGCUUGAAAUUUUAUUGUUGUGAGUGUGAAGUCGGUGCUUGUUCUGAAUGUCUAACUGUUGAACAUAAAGUUGGGGAACACCGUUGCGAGAGGAUUGUUGAUGCUGAACCCAACUUACGUGCUGAGCUACGCAACUUUAUUGUGGAAGCGAAUGCUCGUGCCGUCGCUGCCGGCAGUGCCUCUGCGAAACUUGAUGACGCUCUAGGAGAUUUGCAACGCCAACGUGAUGAUGCUGAAGCUGUCAUCAAUGAAGCAUUCCAAGCUUAUAAAUCUGCUUUAGAAAGACGACGGGAAAAGGCACUUGAAGAACUGGAACGUUUGCAUAAGGAAAGGGAGCUGAAAGUAAUGGAUUUGUUUGAUCGUGUCGAUAAAACUGUUCAACGCAUCGAUUGCGCUUGCAAGUUCGCAGCUAGACUACUUCGUCGCGGUGAUGGUACUGAAAUAGUGAUGCUGAAAAAAACUGUUGCUUCACAAUUUGCUCGCUUGUUGGAAGGAGCACCAGAGUUCGACGUUGAUUAUUCCCUUGAGUUUACCACCAAGAUGGAUAAAUUUGAUGCCAUUACUGAGGAAACAUUUGGUGUUUUUCGUACUGAAGCUACCAAAGCUGAAGAACGGAAGCGCGCUAGUGAAUCUUCCGCUAUAGUUUCUGUCGCAUCUAAUGCUCACUCCCCAGCCGUCUCUGUGACAAAUGCUCCCGUCUUUGAUGACUUCCCACCCUUGGGGAAUGUCCGCCGCGUUACGGGCGUGACUGGCGUCGGAGCUAUUGUAGGAGUGCCUGGUGGAGUACCUGCGAUCGGCGUUCCAGUAGUUGGUGCAGUGCCGGGAGUCGGACCUGUUACCAAUCCUAGUGUGAUUCAGGGGGUGGUCAAUGUGAACAGCGCUUCAGGAGUAGGGGGCGUGACGGGCGUAGGCGGUGUGCCUGCUCUGCCUUCCAUGGUAGAAUAUAACCUUCAGCAACUUGCUAGCAUUGCUGAGAAGGAUGUACCGCCAACUCAACAUGCCUCUCCGGCUCCUUCAUUCACCCUUGCUGAAUUGCUGGCUGGAGAUCUUAACUCUCCUCAAGCAUACAACAACUUGCAAGCACUUGCUAAACUAGGAUUAAAUACCGAAGUCAAUGGAUUUGGCGGAGUAGGAGGCAUAAGCGGCGUUGGCCCACGUGGUGUUUCACCAGGCAGGCCUUUGUUAACGGCAGCAGAAGAAGCUGCCCUAGUGGCACCGCCGGCGCCUCUAGUUCGCGCCACCAAAGCUACGCCCAUGCACAUAAGGUUCAAGUUCGGCCAACUCGGCGGUGGCAAGGGCCAAUUCAAUUCGCCGCACGGAUUCUGUCUAGGAAAUGAUGAGGAUAUAAUAGUUGCUGAUACUAACAAUCACCGUAUUACUGUAUUCGACAAAUCUGGUAACUACAAGUUUCAUUUUGGCGUGGCUGGCAAGGAGGAGGGCCAGUUGUGGUACCCACGUAAAGUAGCGGUGGUCCGUGCCACCGGAAAGUUUGUUGUAUGCGACCGCGGAAAUGAGAGGUCGCGCAUGCAAAUAUUCACCAAAAACGGACACUUUUUGAAGAAAAUCGCCGUGCGAUUUAUCGAUAUAGUCGCUGGGUUGGCCGUGACUGCUGAAGGACUUAUCGUCGCGGUGGACAGUGUCACGCCAACAGUUUUCAUUUUGUCUGAGGAAGGUGACCUCAUGAGCUGGUUUGACUGCAGCGAGUGCAUGAGGGAGCCGUCGGACAUUGCUAUCAGUGGAAAAGAAUUCUAUGUGUGCGAUUUCAAGGGGCACUGCGUGGUUGUGUUCGACGACGAGGGCCGAUUCCUUCGUCGUAUAGGCUGCGAGAACGUCACUAACUUCCCCAAUGGAAUAGACGUGUCCGACGCCGGGGACGUACUCAUUGGGGAUUCCCACGGGAACAAGUUUCAUGUAGCUGUGUUCUCCCGUGACGGAGUGUUGGUCACUGAAUUUGAGUGCCCCUAUGUCAAGGUUUCCCGUUGUUGCGGUUUGAAGAUAACAUCUGAAGGUUACAUUGUCACUCUGGCUAAGAAUAAUCAUCAUGUUCUAGUCCUCAACACCCUUUACAUUGUCUGAGGAGCAACUCGAUGGCUGUAAGUCUGCAUACUACAAGAUCUCACAUUUAUUCCCUAUAUUUUAUAUUUAAUUGCUGAUUUUACAAAGCUUAAAAUUUUUUUGCUAAACCAGUAUUUGACUUUUUUUCUUUAUUUUAUUUUAAAUUCAAUGUAAGUCUUGAGUUUUAACACUCUAACCAUGUGCAGUGAACCUCGGCACAGAUCAUCUGCUUCAUUGUUUUCCAGUUUUGUUGCAUUUUAGAAGCAACAAAGUGUCACUGCUUAUGGAUAGAUCUUGAAGUCAUUGUUUCCAAAGUACUGAAUUAUUUUGUAUUUUUGGUUUUUUUCAUCUUUUUUUUUCAUUUUAUAUGGUUGCAUUUAGUUAUUAGUUAUGAGAAAUCCAAAGUUUAGUGUUAAUUAAUAUUCAUCUUCUUGUAUUUGUAGUAAUAUGUAUGUAUGUCCAGACUAUCAUUAAAUGGAAAAUUUUUAAAUUAUUUGGUUUUGGAUGAAUAGUUUUUGGUCCUUAAUGAAUGGUGUUUACAGUAUUCAUAAUCUUAAAAUAGAAAUUUGUGCAUGCACACCAUUUGAUCAUAGUAAAGCUAACUGUUAAACCUUAUUUUAUGUAAGUGUGCCAUUCAACGAGAAAUAUUUUUUUGUACUUAGAAAGUAAUUAAUCUUUGGUUUGAUGGCUAAAUUAUUCGGUGGUAUUGUUGGUGCAAACAUUCGAUUUUAUAUAAAUUUCUUAUUAAAGGUCAUUUACAUCUCACUUUCUUUAGUCUCUAGAAGACAGUUGGUAAAUUAUUUUAAUGAUUGACAUGAGCAUUAAUUUAGCUUCUUAAUUUUUAAUGUUCUUAAAUCUCAGUAGAAUGGUAGACCUACAUUUUUUUAUUAAACUAUUCAGGACCUUAAACUCUUAUCCAACAAGAUGACCUGAAACCUGUAUUUACAUACAUAUUGACUGGGCUGUUAUAUUUCGUUUUCAAAAUUUAGCAGCUGGUAUGGUUCCUAGUUCGAGUGAAGUUUUAAACAUGUCAAUUAGGGGACUGCGUGGGUGUGUCGCCUCGAAUCUAUAUCGUUUGUUGCUAGGACUUAACCAAAAUAAGUAUCUCAUUUCAAAACUAUAGACCAUUAUUACAACACUCAGUUGCUUGAUAGAGUACUAAUAGAACGCACAAUUUGAGUUUUGUAACAAAAUUAAGACCAAAGGAGGCGACACUAAUAAAACGUGCCAUCUAGUUUAGGUUAAUCUCGUAUACAAUAUUAUAUAUUGUCCGUUAAAAUAUAUUUACCAUUUACAGAAUUCUUGUGUCUAUACAAAAUGUUUUUCAUGUACUCUUGUUUUGAGAGCCUAUUACAUAUAAAAUUUUUCGUGAGUAGGCUAUUACGAUAUACAUGUAGAUGUUUGGUUCAUUAUAAAUUUAUCUUAAUGGUGAACCACAGUGCUCUAUUAUUGGAAAGCAGGAGUUAAUUAAAACUUUGCAAUAAUUUUGUACAAUAUAACUGGGAUAGUUAAUGAAGUAUAUUAUAAACAUUUAUGGUAUGCAGCAUUUUCAUGUAUACAGAACAAUGAUACGGGUAUUUCUUUUAUGGCGCCUUUAUUAUUGGCAAAUAAUCCGGUUGUUUUAUAUACAUCACGCAUCACUCAUGAAACGUUGAUAUUAUAGAACCGCAAAUAACAUUUCUAUUACAUUCUAAUGAUGGAUUGUAGGAUAAUUGGUUCAUGAAACUAUUUGUCACAAAAGCUGGAAAUAGUUUGGUAAUAAUAUAUUUUAUUGAAUUUUAUGAUAAGAUUCAUUGUCCGACGCUUUAAGACUGUUUAACACAUUUUCAAUUUACUGUAUACAUGAAUCUGGUGUCAAAAUGUAAUUUUAUUUGUAUCUAUGAGAGGUGGACUAUCGUAUUUUGUCGCCUAAAAGUUACCUAUAUUUAUAUAUAUUUUUAUAACUAUCCACUUUUAAUAUUCAAAAUUAAAUUUAUAAUUUUUAGAUUAUAAUCUAUUGUACGAAAAAUUAAAUGAUCUGCGGUUCACAUUUUGCGAUACGAUCAUUAGAUUUUCAUCCAAAAAGUAUGGCCCAUUGUAUCAUUUAAUGACUUGGGACUUUCGGCAAGUAGACACAUCGAUAAUAAUAUGGUAAAAUACGUCUAUUACAUUAUAUACACAAGUAAUGGUCAUACAAUAUUUAUCUAUUUCAAAAUUCACCAUUUAUCCAAGAAUUUUAUAGUCUUCCAAAUAUAAAUUAGGCUUUUUUCGGCAAAUUAUCUACUCAAAUUACAAAUGCAUAAAUGAAAUUCAUGCGGUACACAUUAUUUAUUUUCUUUUUAAAUAUGUAUUAUUUUACUUUUAAACAGGACAUUAAAUACUAAAAUUAUUUAUAUAAAUAUAUUUAUAGAUGACCAUUAUUUUGUUUUGCAAAAAGAUACAUGAUAUAUUAUAGUACUUAACCCAGACCACCUAAAAUUAGUGUGAUAUUUUAUUGAUAUCUUAUUAAUUUUUCAUAAAUAUAUUAAGCUCUCUAAAUUGUAUUACUGCAUGAAAUUGUAACUGAUAAUCUCUUAUGUGUACGAGAUAUAUACCUUGGAAACUGUGAAGGUGAUCAUUGAUAUAAAAGGUAAGUUGAAAUGUAGUGAAAUUGAAAAAUAAUUGAAGACUUUAUAUGGUUACUCAAAUAUUGCGAAGUGAGUAAAUGUCUAGUCCAAUCAAAUAUUAAAAGUUUAUUGGAUCAAAGCUCGUAUAAUCUAGAUCGCAUGGACUCUUUCACUGCUUUUCAUUUUUUUUUCUUAUUAAUGAUCAUCUUUGUAAUCUGAAAAUGUUUCGUUAACAUAAUCGAGCCAUAUUAUUAUCAUUAUUUAUCGUCAAUAAUCGCAAACGUUAGCUUAAAUAAAUAUGUGUACUUAAUUAGUAAAUAGGUAUUUAUUUGUUGUUGAAACAGUUUACAAUAUUCGAUAUCUUUGCAACAUUUGAUGUGAUAUGAGCAAUAAUAGAGACAAUGAACCAACAAUUUAAGACUUGGACUCAAUAUAUGAAAGACACACAAGAAGCCGCAGUGGCGAUGGCGGUCGUAUAAGAGCCAGUGAUAACUUGAACAUAGACAUUUUGAGUC